GUAAUUUUUGGUUUUCGUUUCUAGUUUUUAUUUUGCUAAUUUGAGUGUUAUGCCAAACCACCCAAAAGAGUGUUUGUCGAAGUGGAAACUGUGGGAAGGUUUCUCAUUUCCCGACAUUCGGCGAAGCCUCUGGUUAAUGUUACUGGAGCAGCUUCUGAACUCUCCAGCUCUUCCUUGAAACUGUUGUGCCUCUCUCUCUCUCUCUCUCUGCGUGGGAGUGUGCGCCGGUAGGUGUGUGUGCGCCGGUAGGUCGCAAUGGCACUAUGGAUGGAAACGGGCUCGGAACCCAAAACCGAUAGUGAAAUAGCAGACCUUGACGCUAUCUCCGCUCUCAAGGAGUCUGCUGCCCUCGAACUCAAGGAAAAAGGUAACCAGUAUGUUAAAAUGGGUAAAAAGCAUUAUUCUGAUGCUAUUGACUAUUAUACAAGGGCGAUAAAUCAGAAAGUUUUAAGUGACUAUGAGAACUCAAUUAUAUUUGCUAAUCGAGCUCACGUAAAUUUAUUACUGGGAAAUUACAGACGAGCUCUUUUGGAUGCUGAGGAGGCAAUUAAGUUGGAGGCAACAAAUGUCAAGGCACUUUAUCGAGCUGCCAAAGCGUCAGUGUCUUUGAAUAUGUUGACCGAAGCACAAUCAUUUUGCAAGAAAGGACUUGAGAAGGACCCAAAUAAUGAAGAAUUAAAGAAGCUAGAAAAUCUUAUCGAUUUACGGAAAUCUGAAUGUGAACAGAGAGAGCUUCAAGUUUCCAAGGCUGUGGCUGCAGCUAAGGACCUUGUUUCUGCAAUUGAAAAUAGAGGAUUGAAGAUUGGGAAGGCCAUGUUUCAAGAAUUAACUGGAUUAAAAAAGCCUGUAUUGGAUAAAAAUAAUAUUCUUCACUGGCCAGUUCUUCUUCUCUAUGCGGAGGUUAUGUCCAGCGAUUUUAUUGGGGACUUCUGUGAAACAGACAUGUUUUCAGUUCAUCUUCACAUGAUGUUUUCAGAAAGUUGUCCACCAUUACAAUGGGACAAAGAAAAUGCAUACACUCGUGAAGCAGUUGAACUGUACUAUGAGGCCGGUUCUGGAGAUUGUUUAUCAAAAACAGAUCUUCUUGGUUCUCUUUUAGAAGGCACUGCAGGCUCUCAGGUGGAAAACAUUGGCAGUGAAGAGAAAGAUGCAAUUGAUUGCUCUAAUCAUGGCAUUCCUGCAGGCAAGGUUUCUACUAAAUGGGUCAAAGUAUGCGAAAGGAGAACACUUCAUGAUGUACUGAAAGAACCUAAUUUUGUUAUCCCCGGAAUCCCAGUGUUUUAUGUUGUGUCAAAAAGGACCAGUUUCUAUAAAGACUUUAGAGCUGGAAAGUGGGCUCCUCCCGCAUGAUUUGGUUCUUGUUGAUAUGUCGAUCCCUAAAUCUAUCGAUAUGGCUUUAUUGCCUCUGCUAGGUUGUUUAUGUAUGCUAAUGGAUCCAGGACACCAGCUUUGCAAUACCCAAAUUUGAAGGGCCAUUUUGUUGCUGCACUUAAUAUUUGCACCAAUCACUCGGGAAGAAGCAGAAAUGUAAGCUUUGGUAGUUGAUACUAUUUGUUUCUUCAUCGUUGGCUAGCUAGCAAAUUAGAUGAUCUGUUAUGUUCCUGUUGGCCAUUAGAACAUGUGCCAGUAACUCAUUAAUCAUCUUAGUGUCUUUUUCCUACCAUGUAUGUGCAAGUUGCUUAUUAAUGAUCUCUACUUGGUGUGCUUUUGCCUAUAAUAAAAAUUAGAUUCCAAUACU